GUUAUCGAGGACAAUACCAAAGCAGGAUUCGUCACGCAGGCGAAGCAGCGCCACACAUCGUUUACACCGCGCAAAAGACUCGCAGGAAGACCGUUCAGAUGGCACCAGAGACUGGGUCACCCGGGCGAGGGGGUGCUGGAGCACCUCGUCAACGCCUCUCGAGGCGUGAAGAUCAUGGGUGACCUACGCAACAAGCUGCCUGACUGCUCAGCGUGUGGAAAAGGGAAGACAAGACGAAUUGUUCGACGUGCCCCACGCGAGUCUAUAGCGUGGGCAAAACCAGGAUCAAGAGUGGCGUUCGACUUUCACUCGAUUAGCCCUCAAGGAUACGGAGGCUAUAUGUCUACGGUAAUACUCUCUGACCGACUAACAGGAUACUCGUGGGACUACUACCUUAAGGACCGUACAACAGAGACGCUCCUCGAGGUAUUCGAUCUCUUCAUGGCCAUGAUGAAGACGCAAUAUAAUAUACAGGUCAAAGUCUUCGAAUGUGACCGCGAGGUUGCAACGAUUCAUCAGCAAGUCGCCACUCACCUUCAAUCUCAAGGGGUGGUCCUCGAACCCUCUGCGCCCAAUACGCAGGCCCAGAACGGAGGCGCCGAGCGAAUCGCAGCAGUUAUCAAGGAGAAGGCUAGGACCCUUCGCGAGGCAGGCAAGUUCCCUGAGAUGCUGUGGCCCGAAAUCGUUGUCGCCGCGACGUAUUUAUACAACAGGACGCCGUCAGCGGCGCGCGGCUGGAAAACGCCCUUCGAACGGUUCCAUAAUCAGUUUCGCGGCCCAGAUCUCGGGAAGCCUCAUCAAGCCCACCUUCGAGCGUACGGCUGCAAAAUGUAUGCGCUCACAACAGACGCACAGCUGGGCAGGAAUAAGUCGAGAAAGCUUCAACCGAGAGGAUGGAUAGGCUACCUCAUUGGGUACAGUACUAGCAACUCCUACCGCGUGUGGAAUCCGCUUACUGCCCGCGUUAUCACAACGCGAGACGUUGUGUUCAGGGAAACCGAGUUCUUUAAUGGAGAUAUCAACGAGCUGCGGGAUGACCUCAAAGACCUCGACGUGAACGAGCUCAACGCUCUUCUCGCGCGACUAGAGGUCUCGCCCACAGGGAUAACAUCUCCAGAGUACGCACACACCGCAGACGAAGAAGUCGAUGAAGUCCAGUACAUUGAAGACGAAGAGGCACAAGAAUACACCGCACCGCCGUCGCCUAAGUACGUGGAGUCACGAUUCGAACUCAAUACACCACCGCGGACGCCACCCACCUCGUUCUUCGCAGGCCUUGAGGAGGCACUCGGAGUGAAGGGGUGGAGGAAGAGACGUGCUUCGAUCGCUCCUGAGGCGGUUCAUGCACGCGAAUCGAUCCACGAAGAGUUUCCAAUUACCACUCCGCGUACCUCCUGGCAAGCCGCUUUCCUCGGCGGCACCAGAACGGGUAGAAAACGAGUGAAGAUGAAGCAAAAGGCGAAGAACGCCGAUACAAGCCUGGAAGCGGUAGUAUGUUGGAACAACAGACUCGAAGGUCUCACCGUAGCCGGACGUGGUAAUGGUAUGAACCCUGCCCCUGGGCCCAGGAGGAGUCUUAGAAACCCUGGGUGUGAGCGUGCCUUCGACCUCCGUCAGGGAAGAAACCACGUUGAUUCGAGGGUAAAGGAAGACCUUCCCUCUGGGCUAAGCUCCUACAACGGUAGGCCCGUGUCAGGUGACGGGGGGCCCGCGGUUGAGACCGUGGCCUCUAGCGUUCCGGGAGAGGACCGUCCUCUGCCCCAGCGAAAAAGCCAAGCAGGCGUACUACCCCCAGUGCCUCAGAAACAUGCCGAUCUAUACGGCCACCCCUACGAGAGGGGAUUCCGAGAAGCGGAAGAGAAGCACCUCGCGAGCCACGAUGAGAUGGAUACAUACGUCGUCGUGGACCGUAGAGAAGCCGCCGGGCACCAGAUUCUGGGUUGCCGGUGGGCAAGGAUCGUUGUUCGAGGAGAUCAACAGGCUAAAAACGCUUUCAAGGAUACAUACGCUGCGACCCUCGCUGGACAAUCGUUCCGAACCCUUAUUGCCACCGCGGCCCAGCAAGAUCUUACCUUACUGCAGUACGACGCAGUUAAUGCCUUUGUCCACGCUCCGAUCGACGAGACAGUAUAUAUGGAGUUUCCACCGGGCCAUGAGCAGCAGGGGAAGGUCCUGCGGCUGAAGAAGGCUCUAUACGGCCUUCGCAGGUCCCCUCUACUGUGGCAACGGCAUCUAGAGAACGGUCUGAAAGCAAUGGGGAUGGAACGCGUCGCAGGCGAGAAUUGCUGCUGGCGGAAGGGACGCGUGCUCUUCUUCUUCUAUGUCGACGACUGUGUUCUCGCGUUUCCCCCUGAGUGUAGAAACGCUGCUGAGCGCCUCAUUAACGGGCUCAAAGAGAAGUACCACCUGGAAGGCGGAGACCCUCUUCACUGGUUUCUAGGAAUCGAGGUCACGCGCGACCGAGCCAAGAAGAAAAUCUGGCUAUCUCAGGCAGCAUACGCACAGAAGAUCGCACGGUUGAUUGGUCAAGGCACACAUAAAGGAUCACAGAGGAAGAACACUCGAUUUACGACACCUAUGACGAACGAGGAGCUACUGCCCGCCGAGGAGCACGCCUCAAAGAGCGAAAUAACGGCAUACCAACGAAAGAUUGGAUCGAUCCUAUACUUGGCGGUGAUGACGCGCCCCGAUAUCGCCUUUGCUGCAAGCCGUCUGGCGAGGUUUAACCAGAAUCCCUCUCAGAAGCAUCAUCGCGCUGCAGAUCGAGUAUUGCAGUACAUCUUGGACACCUGCUUCCUUAGUCUCGAGUACGAUGGCAACAACAAGAGUUUCGAAGUCGCAUCAGACGCCAGCUUCGCAGAUAACUCGCUAGAUCGAAAGAGCUCUCAGGCGUACGCACUACGGCUUGCUGGAGGAUUGAUCGGAUGGAGAGCGAACAAACAAGACACAGUCACAACAUCAACGACAGAAGCAGAGCUUCUCGCCCUCUCACAAGCAGCACGCGAAGCUAUAUUCGUUAGCCGUCUGUUGAGUGCUCUUAAUACGACGAUUCCAAGCGGCGGAAUAACGAUCCAGUGCGACAACCUCCAGACGAUUCGAAUAGUAACUGAGGAACUCGUGACUCUAAAGACGAGGCUUCGUCACGUUGAUAUACACAACCACUGGUUGAGACAGGAGGUUGAGAACGGCACCAUCAACGUCGUCCACACACCAACGAAAGACCUUGUUGCGGACGGACUCACGAAGAGCCUCGCAAGGCAACCGUUUGAAGACUUCAUAAAACAGCUCAACUUGGUGAAGAAGGAGACGGAACCACUACGCGAAGAGAGGGACCCUCUCGCAGAGACCGCAUGGAGCGGAGGGAUCUUUGAAGGAGGAGAGGAAUAA